GGCUGCGCCUCCGCGGCACCGCCGACGACAUGCUCGCCGUGCGCCUGCGGCGGCCGCUGUCGCCCGAGACGAGGCGGCGCCGGAGCAGCUGGCGGCGCCACACGGUGGUGGUGCAGAGCCCGCUGACCGACCUCAACUUCAACGAGUGGAAGGAGCUGGGCGGAGGGGGCCCCCCGGAGCCCGCGGGCCCUCGGGCGCACAGCGACAACAAGGACUCGGGCCUCAGCAGCCUGGAGUCCACCAAGGCGCGGGCGCCGUCGUCCGCGGCCUCGCUGCCGCCUGCGCCCGGGGACCCGGGGGCCCUGCAGAGCCCGCCCCCGCGCCGCUCGGCUGCCUCCCGCCUCCAUCAGUGUCUGUGACCAGCCCCAGCCCC